AUGUGUUUAGACUAUGAAUUUCGAACAAUCGCUGUUGCCCUCGUGGCGUUUGUCGCUGUCAGUGUCAGCGGUGAUCCUGAAGCUGAUGCUGAGCCCAGUCGCUAUGGAGGUGGCUUUGGAGGCCAUGGACUCGUGUCCUACAGACCCGUGUAUAGCAGCUACGGAUACGGACGUUGGAAGAGGAGUGCUGAGCCUGUAGCUGAGGCUGAGGCUGAGCCCGAGGCUGAUCCUUCUCGCUUCGGAUACGGGUAUGGCAGCUAUGGACACGUGUCUUUCAGGCCCGUGUACAGCAGCUACGGUUACGGACGUUGGAAGAGGAGUGCUGAGGCUGAACCCGGAUUCGGCUUCGGUCGCGGCUUCGGAGGCCACAGCAGCUUCGGAGGCUACAGAGGCUAUGGAGGCCAUGGCGGGAGCUUUGGAGGACAUGGAAAGAAGAAAGAAAUGAAUGACUCUGGACACAUUUUCUUAAGGUGUGAACUCCAGGAAAUGAAAUAUUGCUCACUUGAACUCAACCCUUGCCCUUCGAAGCAGAGUUCCCAUCCCGUGACCUUGAGCCGUUUGGCGAUUGGCUACAGGCGGGAGCGUCAGCGUGUGGCGUGCUAUAUAAGAGCCAACCGCCAUAUGAAGACCCUGGCCAUUGCUGUUGCCCUCGUGGCGUUUGUCGCUGUCAGUGUCAGCGGUGAUCCUGAAGCUGAUGCUGAGCCCAGUCGCUAUGGAGGUGGCUUUGGAGGCCAUGGACUCGUGUCCUACAGACCCGUGUAUAGCAGCUACGGAUACGGACGUUGGAAGAGGAGUGCUGAGCCUGAGCCCGGAUUCGGCUUCGGUCGUGGCUUCGGAGGUCACAGCAGCUUCGGAGGCUACAGAGGCUAUGGAGGCCAUGGCGGGAGCUUUGGAGGACAUGGUCGUUUCUAUGGCUGAAGAAUUUUGAUUCGAGAAAGAUGAAUAAAACUGAGCAAUUUCAUU